CAAGUUGGUAAUGAAUUAGAAAUUUUUUCCAUAUGGGUAAUUCGAAAACUCGAUCUUGUAGUCUAAUCUUGUGAAAUGGAGGAGAAGCUCGCGAGGAGAAGAAGAGUAGUGUUGGUUCCAGCUCCAGCUCAAGGACAUAUAACUCCAAUGUUGCAACUUGCAAGAGCACUUCACUUUAAAGGUUUCUCUGUUACAGUUGCUCAAACCAAGUUCAACUACUUAAACCCUUCAACUGAUUUGUCUGAUUUUCAGUUUGUAACCAUCCCAGAGACCUUACCAGAGUCUGAUCUUAAGAAUCUAGGACCAGGACGGUUUCUGAUUAAAUUAGCUAAAUAAUGUUAUGUUAGCUUUAAGGAGUUGUUAAGUCAGUUAUUAGUUAAUGAAGAAGAAGAAGAGAUCGCUUGUGUUAUCUACGACGAGUUCAUGUACUUUGUUGAAGCAGCUGUUAAAGAGUUUAAGCUUCGUAACGUUAUUUUAAGUACUACAAGUGCAUCAGCUUUUGUUUGUCACUUCGUAAUGUGUAAACUCUAUGCUAAAGAUGGUUUGGCUCACCUCAAAGAAGGGGAUGGGCGAGAAGAGGAGCUAGUACCAGAGUUAAAUCCUAUACGGUACAAAGACUUGCCAACUUCAGUAUUUGCAUCAGUAGAGUGUUCCGUGGAGUUGUUUAAGAAUACAUGUUAUAAAGGAACAGCUUCCUCUAUGAUAAUCAACACAGUGAGGUGUCUAGAGAUGUUAUCCGUGGAGUGGCUUCAACAAGAACUAGAGAUUCCGGUGUUUCCUAUAGGCCCUCUUCACAUGGUGGUUACAGCUCCUCGUACGAGUCUUUUAGAAGAGAACGAGAGCUGCAUAGAAUGGUUGAACAAACAAGAAUCAAGUUCUGGGGUAUACAUAAGCUUGGGAAGCAUGAGUUUGAUGGAAACUAAAGAAGUGUUGGAAAUGGCUUCGGGUUUGGUUAGUAGUAACCAACACUUUUUGUGGGUGAUCCGACCAGGAUCCGUACUUGGUUCUGAAAUGUCUGAGGAAGAGUUGGUUAGGAAAAUGGUAACAUUAGAUCGAGGUUACAUUGUGAAAUGGGCACCGCAGAAGCAAGUGCUUGCACACUCCGCGGUUGGAGCGUUUUGGAGCCAUUGUGGAUGGAACUCGACUUUAGAAAGCCUUGGUGAAGGAGUUCCAAUGAUAUGUAGACCUUUUACAACUGAUCAAAAAGUGAACGCAAGGUUCUUGGAAUGUGUAUGGAGAGUAGGGAUUCAAAUAGAGGGCGGUAUAGAGAGAGGAGCGGUCGAGCGAGCUGUGAAGAGGUUAAUGGUUGAUGAUGAAGGUGUUGAGAUGAAGAGAAGAGCUUUAAAUUUGAAAGAGAAACUCAAAUCCUCUGUUUUGGCUCAAGGCUCUUCACACAAGGCACUUGAUAACUUCAUUAACACUUUAUGAACGUAUGAGAAUAUCAAUGUCUAAAGAUAUCUAA